AUGACCGAAUCAUCGCAAUCCCCGCUCUCCGGCCUCUGGAAGCCGACCCAUCUCCAACACCUCUUCUACGGUCCCGACUGUGUGUCCAAGCAUCUGCUCGAAUGCCUUCCGGACGAGAAGUCCAAAGCUUUCAUCAUCACCGGCUCCUCGCUCGCAAACAAGACCUCGCUCAUCAAGUCCGUCGAAUCGCAAUUGGGAUCGCGCCACGCCGGCACCUUCUCCAACAUCAAGCAACACGCUCCAGUAGCCGAGCUGGACAAAGCUACAGACACCGUUCGUGAAGACAAUAGCAUCGAUACCAUCAUCAGCAUCGGCGGUGGCUCCCCCAUAGACAGCGCAAAAGCAAUCUCCUACCGCUUGAACGAGAAGUCUGGCCGUUUCCUCCACCACAUCGCCAUCCCUACAACCUUGUCGGCAGCAGAGUGCACAUUCAAUGCUGGAUACACAGAGAAAAAUGGACAAAAGACUGGUGUCGCGCAUGCUGAGUGUGCUCCCCACGCCAUCCUCUACGAUUCAAAGUUCGCCCUCGAAACACCUGAGAAGCUGUGGAUGAGCACUGGACUGCGCGCCCUGGACCACGCAGUCGAACUGCUGUACCAUCCCACCAGCACAGAAGUCCCUUGUCGCCAGAUGACAUUGAUUGCUGCCCACGACCUCUUCACCAACCUCCCCAAGUACAAGGCCAACCCUCAAGAUGAGGAUAUCAUUACAAAACUGCAAUUGGCCAGCUUUGCCUCCCUUGGUUUCUUGGGCUUGAACGUCAAGGGCGGCCUCGGACUCAGCCAUACACUUGGCUAUGCCCUGGGCUCUCCCUACAGCAUUCCCCACGGCAUAACCUCCUGCAUGACCCUAGGUCACGUCGUGAAACUCAAGGCUUCCACCGAUGCCUCUGCCGCUUCCCAACUCGCUAGACUCUGUCCNUUUGUUGGCGUCACCAAGACUGGAGACGAUCAAAAAGAUGCUCAAGCCGUUGGAGACGCAAUCCUCAAACUUGUAGAAGAAUUGGGGUUGAAGAGUUCGUUGACCGAGUACAAGGUUGACGAGAGUGAGGCACACACCAUUACGAAAACUGCGACUAGAGCUGAGAGUGGAGAGUUGUAUGAUCAAGUCAUGAAGCUGGUCAAGGGGCUGUGGUGA